UGAGGAAAUUUCGGAGGGCUGUGUGACCUGUGUCCAUUUUGUUUUUGAGUUCUUCGUUAAGAUCGUCAAGCAGCAAAGGCUGCAAAGCUUUGCAAAAAUACUUUUAUUCCUCUUCUGGUUCCUCCACAACGGCCACAAAACUAUUCUUCACUUUCCUAUGGCUGCAUGUGGUAUUGGGGCUUCAGGUCUUAAGAUAACAAACUUGGAUUUGGGUUAUGUUAGACCCAAAUUGAGCACAAUGCAGCCUUUGAUUGGUUUUAGGAAUCGAAAUUCUGUUCGAUUUGAUGGUCUGGUGCUUUCACAGAGAUCAAAGAAGGCACUAACUAGGUGGCGCAGUUUGACUUCAGAUGCUGAUUCAACAACUACUGCAAAUACUGAAGACUGUUCUGAAGAAACUGAAUCAUCUGAUGCAGUGAGCGAACUUAUUCCAAAAUCAUCUGAGGUCGAAUAUCUUCUGAACGAAUUAUGUGACACAACAUCAAUCGCUAAGUUUGAACUUAAGCUUGGGGGAUUUUGGUUACAAGUGACGAGAGACUUGUCUGAGCAAAGUGCACCUCCACAACCUCCUGUUUCUGCUUCAGUCACUGCUGAUACAGUUGUUGAGAGACCUGAUUCAAACGGUUCAGUCUCAUCACAAUCAUUAGCCCUCUCCAAACCAGUACCUUCCUCGGGUGGAGUCCAGACGUUGCUGGAUAAAGCAGCAGACGAAGGCCUGUUGAUACUUCAAUCUCCAAGGGUUGGAUACUUUAGGAGAUCUCGAACUAUUAAAGGGAAGCGGGCUCCUCCUUCUUGCAAAGAGAAAGAUACAGUGAAGGAGGGCCAGGUGCUCUGCUACAUUGAACAGCUAGGUGGCGAGAUCCCCAUCGAGUCCGAUGUAUCGGGAGAGGUGGUUAAGAUACUGCGACAAGACGGUGAUCCCGUUGGGUAUGGCGAUGCUCUUAUUGCAGUCCUGCCUUCCUUUCCAGGAAUAAAGAAGCUUCAGUAGAUAGUUCCGCUUAAUUUCCUUUACUUACCCUUUUAUCCGGUUCUUUAUUUAUUUUCGCACGGGUGAGGGAUUGCAUUGGUGGAGAACCAACUCCAUUUUCAUUGAGAUAUCUUAUUGGGUGUCAAAUAAAAUUGUCUUGAUUGACUUGUAUGGAGAAGAUUCAAUCUCUGUUGGCUUGGCAAUAAUUUUGUUUUUUCUUUCAUUUUUUUAUUUUUUUUUUCGUUGUAAAAUCUUUUUGUACAAGAUGAUGUGAUUAAUUCCUUAGUGCCUUCUUCUCUCUUGUA